UAGCAGAAGGAAAAACAAUUUGCAUUUCAGGGUCGAUCGCCCCAAAUCGAAGGAAGGGGAGAGAGAGAACUACAAGAACCCACCGACUCAGCCCAUCGUCGGCAAUGGCUGCCUUCCUCGCUCGCAAAUCUCUUCAGACUUUCCGUGCCAGACACCUUCAGCUUGCUGUACCAGGGAAAGCACUGCAGGGAUCUCAAUUAUAUGGAAUGCGAUCUAGCUCACAUUGUUACUCAACUAAACUAGAGGAUGAGGAAAGAGAGCAACUGGCAAAGGAGAUGUCCAAGGACUGGAGUGCUGUUUUCGAGAGAAGCAUCAACACACUAUUUCUUACUGAAAUGGUUCGAGGUCUAAUGCUAACGCUAAAGUACUUUUUUGAGCAAAAAGUUACUAUCAAUUAUCCUUUUGAGAAAGGUCCUCUGAGCCCUCGUUUUCGUGGUGAGCAUGCCCUACGGCGUUAUCCUACUGGAGAAGAGCGUUGCAUUGCGUGCAAACUUUGUGAAGCUAUUUGCCCGGCACAGGCAAUUACAAUUGAGGCCGAGGAACGAGAAGAUGGUAGCCGUAGGACUACUAGGUAUGACAUUGACAUGACAAAGUGCAUCUACUGUGGAUUCUGUCAAGAAGCAUGUCCUGUAGAUGCUAUUGUAGAAGGACCAAACUUCGAAUUUUCAACCGAAACUCAUGAGGAGCUUCUUUAUGACAAAGAAAAGCUGCUUGAGAAUGGAGACCGUUGGGAGACUGAGAUUGCUGAGAACCUCAGAUCGGAAAGCCUCUACCGAUAAUUGUUGUUGAAUGGUUCUUUCCUCAGUAGCCGUACCUGCACUUGACUUUUUGAUCAUGUGGGAAAAUAAUAGAUCCGUGCAUGGAUCUUAAAUUGGCAUCAUUGAUUUGUGAACCUUUUUCCUUUCUUUUGUGUUGGUUUAAAAU